UCGCGGUGUUGUGGUGCGAGGUGCACCGUCCGCGAUGGAGCUGCGCGAGAUGAGCCGCGCGUACGGCACUGCGGAAGCGGAGGAGACUGCCGAACUCCUGCCGCAGCACGACAACGCGUCCGAAUAUGAGAGCUACUUCAUCGAAUAUGCGAUGCAGAAGGAGAUGAUCAAUCGUAAUCGGUGCCCCGCGAGCCGACGGUUGCUCAGCCAAGCCGCACACCUGGACUUUAAUUUUCCCAACAGCAAUCAUUCCAAGGAUUCACCAUGUGCCGGAAUCACCAUGAUCCACACUUCGAGCGAAAACUGGCCGCCCUCCAGAAAGCGCGAAGAGGCAAAGGCCUUGGAGAAUCUUAAGAAGAGACUAGAACAGAGCAAAUUAUACAAGACGAAUCGAAUUACUGAUCAUAGUCAUUUACCCAUCAUAGCCACCACGUCUUCGAUAAACUACAAGCUAACUCAACAACAAUUGAACAAUCGACCGAAACUUCUGAAAAAGAUACUAAGCAACCGACCGAUGAGUAUCACAUAUGAUAGGAGUGACUUGGAAACUGAUUGGCGCGACAGCGAAUUUAUCACCGAGUGUCUUUGCUGGCACAACGUUUAUCGGCAACGGCAUAACGCACCUCCGUUGACUAUGUCACCGCAGUUGUGCGAGUACGCUCAAUCAUGGGCAAAUCAUUUGGCGCACACGAACACAUUCUAUUAUAAAAAUGAUCGGAAUGUAGGUCACAAUCUUUAUUGUCGUCCUGGUGGUGCGGUACCUGGCGACAUCACGGGACAGGAAGUCGCGUCUUAUUGGUAUUCCGCUGUGAAACAAUACGACUUUCUCAAGGAACCGGAUGUUCUCCACGCCAAUGUAAACGCAGGUCACUUCACUCAGCUAAUAUGGGCGAGAAGCUGUUAUUUCGGAGUCGGUAAGGCAUGCAGCAGAAGUGGCAAGGUGAUCGUGGUAGCGAACUAUGAUCCGGUGGGCAACGUGUCCGGUCAGUUUCAGAACAAUGUAUUUCCGCCGUUACCUGAGAAUAUGAACGUGAUGCUAUCACCAUCCACUAUUCGGAUGCCGCGGGGACAAUACGAACUACUGAAAUCCACGGCAUCAUCCUUGCCGCUAUCAUUACCGCUUCCGUUGUCAGAUACCGCGUCCACCGCCAGCGAUACUACAUCCGUCAGCUCCGGUCAAUAAUACCAUGACCGUGCAAAAUGCCUUCUCUGUAUUUGUGCGCGAUGGGCCGGACAUUGAAAAGAUUGAGAGAAAGAUCGACUUUUUGCGUGCCGCGAAUCAAAAAUUUCGGACACAUGACGAAAUAUGAUGACUGAUGUCUCUGUUGGUAAGAGCGUUUUAGAAUCUUUUCAUUCAUUUAUUGAUACAUAUCUCUUGGACGGCUUUUGAAGUUUCUUAGAAGAUAAUGUAGCUAGAAAUGCCAGCUCGAUAAUAUGCGCUAGCUCAAUUGUUAUCAUAAAAUUGCAAUAAUGUAAUUUUAUAUCAACUCAACCGUAUUCAGUAAUUUUCCACGGAAAUAUCGGUCAUCAGGUUAUAUUGCCAGAUUUCAACUACGCUUGCAAAAGCAGUGAUAAUCAAAGUUAUAUCGAGCUUCAUCCUGAUAAUAUGUAGUAUAAAUCAAGUACAAUCUGCGAUGUAAUUAUUGAUAG